AUGAGGAAAUGAAGGCACAGAGAAGUUGAGAACUUGUCCAAGGUCACUAAGCAGGAUGCAGUGUAUCCAUCUCUAACGCCAAGCUCAGUUCUGGGUGCCCAGCCUUGCGCAGGACACACUGGCGCUGCAGCCGUCCGUGACAGGAUGAGCCCGCUGCUGCUCGUGCUGCUGCUCCUGCUGCCCUGUGCCCCUGGACUGCCCUUCUACAAUGGCUUCUACUACUCCAACGGCCCCAACAGCUGGGGCCUGGGCCACGGCCACAGCGAAGGCCUCUUCAACGGAGUAAAGCUGGUGGUGGAGACGCCCGAGGAGACCCUGUUCACCCACCGAGGGGCCAAUGUGACCCUACCCUGUCACUACCACUACGAGCCAGCCCUGGCCUCCCUAAGGCCUGUGCGCAUCAAAUGGUGGAAGCUGUCGGAGAACGGGGCUCCAGAGAAGGAUGUGCUUGUGGCCAUCGGGCUGAAGCAUCGCUCCUUCGGGGACUACCAAGGCCGGGUCCACUUGCGGCAGGACGGGGAGCGUGAAGUCUCACUGGAGAUCCGGGACUUGCAGCUGGAGGACUAUGGGCGCUACCGCUGCGAGGUCAUUGAUGGGCUGGAAGAUGAGAGUGGCCUGGUGGAGCUGGAGCUGCGGGGCGUGGUCUUUCCCUACCAGCCCCGCCAGGGGCGCUACCAGCUCAACUUCCAUGACGCCCAGCUGGCCUGUGAGGAGCAGGAUGCGGUUCUGGCUUCCUUUGAGCAGCUCUUUCGGGCCUGGGAGGAGGGCCUGGACUGGUGCAAUGCGGGCUGGCUGCAGGACGCCUCGGUGCAGUACCCCAUUAUGCUGCCCCGACAGCCCUGCGGCGGCCUGGGCCUGGCACCCGGCGUGCGAAGCUACGGCCCGCGGCACCGCCGCCUGCACCGCUAUGACGUGUUCUGCUUCGCCGCUGCCCUGAAGGGGCGGGUAUACUACCUGGAGCACCCUGAGAAGCUGACCCUGACAGAGGCAAAGACAGCCUGCCAGGAGGACGGGGCCCAGAUCGCCAAGGUGGGCCAGCUCUUCGCCGCCUGGAAGUUCCGGGGCCUGGACCGCUGUGACGCUGGCUGGCUGGCAGAUGGCAGUGUCCGCUACCCAGUGGCUCAUCCUCGCCGCAACUGCGGGCCCACUGAGCCUGGUGUCCGAAGCUUUGGCUUCCCAGACCCGCAGAGCCGCAAGUAUGGGGUCUACUGCUACCGCCAGCGGUAG